CACUCGAUCUGAUUGAUCUUUGCUUUUUCUUUAUUUUCUUUAUUGUUUUUACGCCGAAAUACGGUUUAUAUAUUGUGAAAUUGGAGUGGUAGCUAUCGCGAAAGACCUUUUGGUUAAAGAGUUUCGUUUUGUUGGACAAGCUGGACACCAUGGACAAGUUACGCCGUGUUCUAAGUGGAGAUGAGCCCACACCGGAGGAGGAGAGCAGCAUAAUAACACAGAUGAACGACAUGUCCACGCUGAGCUGGUCCACACGAAUCAAGGCAUUCUGCAUUUGCUUUGUCUUGGGCAUCUUCCUAUCUCUGUUGGGCUCCAUUGCUCUCUUUCUGCAUCGCGGCAUUGUGGUCUUUGCGGUUUUCUACACAUUGGGAAACAUCAUCUCGAUGGCCAGUACAUGCUUCCUGAUGGGCCCAUUCAAGCAGAUCAAGAAAAUGUUUGCCGAUACGCGCCUUAUAGCCACCAGCAUUGUGAUCGUGGCCAUUGUUAUGACAUUCAUUUCCGCCAUAGUGUUGAAAAAGGCUGGACUCACGCUUAUAUUCAUAAUCAUACAAUCGCUGGCCAUGACCUGGUACUCCCUCUCUUACAUACCCUAUGCACGGGACGCGGUCAGGAGUACGGUCUCGGCAUGUUUCGAGGUGUAGAAAGAAACGUUCUCACUGCGUUUUGGUAUUUGUACAUAACUCGAGAAAAUUCAAAAUACGUCUCUUAAUUUAAUUAACAGAAAUCAAUUGAACAACUGUAUUCAAAUCUAGCAUUAGCACGUAGAAGAUAUUGAGUUUUAAUUUUACUUUUACUUUACUGUUUGCCCAUUAACAAGUAUUGCCUUUGGUUCUCCUCUUUCAAAUAAAUAUAUAUAUAAAUUAUAUAUACAUAUAUUUACAUA